AUGGCUCCCUCUGCAACGACCACGCAGACCCUCAAAGCGUCAGAACUGCCGAAGCCGGCCAGCAGCUUUGGCCAGUACAAAGUUAUUGCGUCGUACACCUUGUCCGAAGAGAAGGAGCUCGGCGAGAAUGGCGCGACCUACCCUCACUACCUCCCGACGUGGAGCCCAGAGCAGAAAUACCCUCCAUUGCAGCCCUUCGAGCACGUCGAGCAUGGCAAGGACGCCGACACUUCCUACCCGGAUCUUUUGCCGGCCGGCACCAAGACGACCGAUCUGACGCCCACAAUCGGCACCGAGGUCCACGGCAUCCAGGUCAGCAGCCUGUCCAAGGCGGGCAAGGACCAGCUGGCGCGCUUCGUCGCGGAGCGCAAGGUGGUUGCUUUCCGGGACCAGGACUUUGCCGACCUGCCCAUCCAAGAUGCGCUCGAUUUCGGCGCAUACUACGGCAGGCAUCACAUUCACCCCAGCUCGGGAUCGCCCAAGGACUACCCAGAGAUCCACCUCGUCCACCGGGGCGCCGACGACAAGACCCACGAGACCUUCUUUGAGACCCGCACCAGCUCGGUCGCCUGGCACAGCGACGUGAGCUACGAGGCGCAGCCGCCCGGGACGACGCUCCUCUACAUCCUGGACCGUCCAGAGACUGGCGGCGACACACUCUUCGUCAAUGCCGUCGAGGCGUACAACCGUCUCAGCCCCUUGUUCCGAGAGCGCCUGCACGGGCUCAAGGCCGUGCACUCGGGCGUCGAGCAAGCCGCUGCGGCGAGGGCUCGCGGGUCCAUUGUACGCCGCGAGCCUGUGUCGCACGAACACCCGAUUAUUCGCACGCACCCAGCGACCGGCGAGAAGGCAAUAUACGUGAACCCGCAGUUCACGCGAUACAUUGUGGGCCUCAAGAAGGAAGAGUCGGACGCGCUGCUCAAGUUCCUGUACGACCACCUCGCGUACGGCGCAGACUUCCAGGCGCGGGUCAAGUGGCAGCCGGGAACCCUGGUUCUGUGGGACAACCGCGUGACACAGCACUCGGCACUGGUUGAUUGGACAUCAGGGCAGCGCAGGCAUCUUGCGCGGAUCACGCCGCAGGCGGAACGCCCAUUUGAGACGCCAUUUGAGGGUUGA